CACCACCUUUGCUUCUCAUCUUCCUAUCUUUGUUACCAUGGAUGUUAAAGGAUUCGGUUUUAGACCCACAGAAGAAGAACUUGUCGACUAUUACCUCAGACACAGGUUGCUGGGUGAUGAUCCACAAGUCCACGUCAUCCCCGACAUCGACCUUUGUGAAGUGGAACCUUGGCACGUACCAAUGUUAUUCGGGGAAUCAGAUGUGCAAUUUGAUUUUCCAGAAUGGUUUUUCUUCAGCCCUGUUGGUUUCAAGUAUUCGAACAGUAAAAGGAUUAACAGGACAACCAAGUGUGGCUUCUGGAAACCCACUGGAAAAGAUCGUGAGAUUAGGAGCUCCGACUCCAACAUUCUCAUUGCCACAAAAAAGACUCUCGUUUACUACAAAGGCCGCGUUUCACGUGCUGAGAAGUCCAACUGGGUUAUUCAUGAAUACCAUGCUGUUACCUUUCACGAAAGCCAGAGGACUUUCGUUUUGUGUCGCUUGAUGAAGAAACCUGGGGGAACAACUGAAGGUGGAGGUGAUGAAGGGGAGAGCAGUAGAAUCAUGAUUUCUGGCUAUGAGAAUCAGUCAAUAGCAGGAGGCAUUCCUUCAAGAACUACUUUUACUGGAAUAGAAACGACCUUACAGCAAAACCAAACGUCUUUUCCAAACUCCUCAUAUCACGAUGCCUAUUUUAGAAAUGAAUCUAACAUUGAGCAUACUUCAUAUGAAACUACCCAGGAAGAAGAAUUCCUGAAUUCUAUUUUUGUUCAUGACGGUUAUGUGAACAAUGAACAAAAUAUAAAUACCUUCGACAAUACUUCCGUCCAUGAAACAAACCAAGAGAAAAAGAAGAAAAAAAAGAAGAGCAUAUUUUCUUUCUUCUAAUCAUCACAGAGGAAGGUUUCAAAAGAAUGCAGUAUUCCAUGUAGAGGCUCGGAAGAUUUUCUCAUUGUGAAUCAGAAGAACCGGAAGCUAUCAAUCUUCUGAUAACAAUACUAAAGUUCUUUCAUCUAUAUGGAGACAACGUCAUCAAGACAACGUAGUUUUAAGGGUUUUUAUGUGUGUAUUACCACGUUAGUUUGGAAGUAUUAUCAAUUUCACGUAGUAGUGUAUGUAAAGGGUCGAUGGUGACUGUUCCAUAGUUCCUUUUCUUUUCUUGUAUUAUCAUGUUAUUUAUUUUGAAUUGAGAUGAAGUUUCUUAUUUGUAGCCAUAGUUAUCAACUUCUCGAGUUAAUUCGUAAACUCGCAUGAACAUGACUUUUGAAUUAACU